AAACCGUUCGCAUCAACAGAAAACUCACAAACACAAAAUGCAGAAAUUUAUACAGCAUUUCUCUACAAACAAAGCAAGUAAGAAUCGUUAAUGGCGUUACGAGGAGCAAUCUCCGUCGGAAGACGAGCUAACACCCGCCUCUUCUCCGCCCCUCGUCAUCUCCGAGCAACAUAUAAUACUGUCUCUGCUUCGAGCCCUUUGCUCAAGUCAUCCCCAAUUCCUAAUUAUAAAUCGGGAGUGAGAUUGUCGAUUCGAGCUGUAAAUGGAUCAGCUGUGGAUAAUUCGCCUCUCAACAAAGAAAUCGGAGAGGGAUCAUCUGAGAAUUGGAAGGUUAAGAUGCUUUAUGAUGGGGAGUGUCCUCUAUGUAUGAGGGAGGUUAAUAUGCUGAGGGAGAGGAAUGAAGGAUAUAAAACUAUCAAAUUCGUGGACAUAAGUUCGGAUGACUAUAGUGCGGAGGAUAAUCAAGGCCUUGAUUACAAAACUGCAAUGGGCCGAAUCCAUGCAAUUCAAUCGGAUGGGACUGUUGUAAAAGAUGUUGAGGCAUUCCGAAAACUUUAUGAAGCGGUUGGUUUGGGAUGGGUUUAUGCCAUUACAAAAUAUGAACCUAUAGCAAGCAUUGCCGAUGCUGUUUAUGGAGUUUGGGCUAAAUAUCGUCUUCAAGUCACAGGCCGACCACCACUAGAAGAAGUUUUGGAGGCUAGGAGGAAAAAGAAAGAAAUGUGUGAAGACAGCAAGGUUUGUAAAAUGUAGAUUGCACACAUCUUCAGCAUUAUGCAUCUCAGACAUAUUCUCUUUGCAAAAGGUAUGAGUUUUACUAUGUAUAUAUACACAUUAGCAACUUUGUUACAUAUUUAUUGAAUUAAAAGGUUUCUGUCUA